CGCAGCUCCACGCUCGGUAUAUAAAGGAGGACAACCGCGGGUGAAGGACGGCUGGGAAGGCAGAGUCCGUGUUUGUAAAUAAGACCGUUAAAAUCUGUGUUUUAUUUACAAAAGUUAUGCCGGCUAUUUUUAAGUGUCGUACCCAGUUGUUUUAGAUCGUUUUUUAAUUUAUUUUUUUGCUGUUAUUCCUCGCUUGAUUUGUGUGGUUUUACACUACGCGUAAUGGCGAGCUCGGCUAACUCGAAUCAAGUGCCUAAACUGUACAGGUCUGUGAUUGAAGAUGUUAUCAACGAGGUCCGGGAGCUCUUCCUGGAUGAGGGGGUGGACGAGCAGGUCCUCAUGGAACUCAAAACGCUGUGGGAGAACAAGCUAAUGCAGAGUAAGGCAGUGGAGGGCUUCAAUACAGAGGAGCAGGCUGCUCUCCAGGCAGCAGCCCAGCAGCAGGCACAACAGGCCCAGCAGGCCACCCAGCAAGCCCAGACACAGCAGGUCCUCCUGCCCCCGCAGCAGCAAGUGACGAGCUGGCAAUCGACCCGGCCUACUGUCACCAGCGCACCCCAGCAGCAAGUCAUUGUGCAGGAUCCUAAAAUUCUGCAGCAUAUGAGUGCAACAGGGAUGAAUGCAGCAACCACAGCAGCAACCUUGGCCUUACCAACAGGAAUCAGUCCCUACCAACAACUCAUCACUAGCCAAGGCGGCAAUUUGCCCCAGACUAUAUAUCUUAAAACAGUGGACGGUCAGAUCCUCCAGGUGCUGCGUGCGGCUAACGGGACCCAGUACAUUAUCCAGCCUCAGCAGCAGAUGGUCCUUCAGCAGCAGGUCCUUCCUCAGAUGCAGCCUGGCGGUGGGCAGGCCCCCGUCAUACAGCAGGUACGCCCCAUCACACAGGUACUGGCUCCUCUCCAGGGAGGACUCCCCCAGGUGCUGGCUCCUCUACAGGGAGGCCUCCCCCAGCAGACAGGAGUCAUCAUCCAGCCUCAACAGGUCAUCCUCACUGGGAACAACGUCCAGCAGAAUGCACAGGUAAUGCAGAUGACAGGCCAGCCCGGUCAGGUGCAGCAGAUCCAGCAGCAGGUCCAACAAGUUCAACAGGUCCAGGGCGGAGCUGCACCAGGAGGCCCACAGCAACAGCAGCAGAUCCAGCAGCAGGUCCAACAAGUACAACAGGUCCAGGGCGGAGCUGCACCAGGAGUCCCACAGCAACAGCAGCAGCCUCCUAUGAUGCUGCAGGUGGACGGAGCAGGGGACACGUCCUCAGAGGAUGAAGAUGAGGAGGAAGAGUAUGACGAGGAGGAAGAUGAAGAAAAGGAAAAAGAUGGCGAGGACGGCCAGGUGGAGGAGGAGCCUCUGAAUAGUGAAGAUGAUGUGAGUGACGAGGAGGACCAAGAACUGUUUGAUACAGAGAAUGUGGUGGUGUGCCAGUAUGACAAGAUACACAGAAGUAAGAACAAAUGGAAGUUCCACCUGAAGGAUGGGAUCAUGAACCUGAACGGCCGAGACUACGUCUUCUCCAAAGCCAUCGGGGACGCAGAGUGGUAAAACACCCAGCACAAAGAAUGCGUCCCAAAUAGCACUCUAUUACCUAUAUAGUGCACUACAUAGGGAAUAGGGUGCCAUUUGGAAUACAGGAAAAGGAACACACAACAACAACAACAACACCACGAAGGAACUCUGGAACUUUCUGUCAAGUUAGAGAAAGAGACUCGUCAAUAACUAUGACCCAGGGAAUCAUAUUUCAGCCAGAGGACCUGGGAUGGGCUGGUUUGGGAAGGAUAUAAACGUAACACACCACCCAAUGGUAUAUCUGUAUUAACACCCAAUACCCUACAAGCCUCCCAAGACAAGACACUGAGGAUUCCAUGCAGCACGGCCGAGGGAUCAAAGGAGAAAUCUUCUUAGUUUCUUUGUUUGACUGAAUUCACCUCCAUUUUGACCUGACUGUUUUCUCCCACUUCUAGUGGACCAGAUAUAACCACUGACUUGAGUUGACCCACCCUAAACACUUUAUGCCAAUAGGUUUGAAUCCAGGUCAAAGGUCAGAUAAAAUAUCCAGUGAUUGGACAGGGAGUCUUUCGAUCCCAGUUGUGUGCCUAGUGAUUGGCCAGGAAACACAUCAGUCAAUCCCAGUUUUUUUCAGUGACUGGGCACCACACAGUGAAGUUGACACCAGUGUAUUGAGUUGAGAUGGCUGUUUGAAAAAGGUUGACGUUAAUUAUCUUCAUCUGCUUGUAGAUCUGGGUCCAUGUCAUUGAUAUGAUAUUCCUGCCACAUGUUCUGAUGGUCCAUACUAAAAGUGCCCUCCUGUUUAUCUAGUUGAUAGUGAUAUCCACUGUGUUCAGCAGUCGAGCUCCCCUCCUGUUUAUCUAGUUGAUAGUGAUAGCCACUGUGUUCAGCAGUCCAGCUCCCCUCCUGUUUAUCUAGUUGAUAGUGAUAUCCACUGUGUUCAGCAGUCCAGCUCCCCUCCUGUUUAUCUAGUUGAUAGUGAUAGCCACUGUGUUCAGCAGUCCAGCUCCCCUCCUGUUUAUCUAGUUGAUAGUGAUAUCCACUGUGUUCAGCAGUCCAGCUCCCCUCCUGUUUAUCUAGUUGAUAGUGAUAUCCACUGUGUUCAGCAGUCCAGCUCCCCUCCUGUUUAUCUAGUUGAUAGUGAUAGCCACUGUGUUCAGCAGUCCAGCUCCCCUCCUGUUUAUCUAGUUGAUAGUGAUAGCCACUGUGUUCAGCAGUCCAGCUCCCCUCCUGUCUCUGUUUUAAUAUUGUUUUAUCACGAUGAAGAACGAACACUAAAGGCAAAAGGAUGUUUUUAUUUUCUCUUGAGAGUGCCGAGUCUAUAUGUCUCUGAUUUCAAUCUGUCUGCUUCAUGCCCUAAUCCUGAAUCAUCCUAUUGUUGACUGUCACCUUUGUAAAGAAUCUACCAAUGAAUGGAUAGAUACAAUUAUUGUAAAAACAUCUUCAAAACGCUUAUCUGAGAAUUUUACUAUUUUGUGGAUCCGGUCUUCUGAUUCAGCACCCGGUCAGUACAGCCAGUGGGAGAUCUGCACUGUCAGUGUCAAUGUAUCGAUCAGUACAGCCAGUGGGAGAUCUGCACUGUCAGUGUCAAUGUAUCGAUCAGUACAGCCAGUGGGAGAUCUGCACUGUCAGUGUCAGUGUAUCGAUCAGUACAGCCAGUGGGAGAUCUGCACUGUCAGUGUCAAUGUAUCGUUCAGUACAGCCAGUGGGAGAUCUGCACUGUCAGUGUCAAUGUAUCGAUCAGUACAGCCAGUGGGAGAUCUGCACUGUCAGUGUCAAUGUAUCGAUCAGUACAGACAGUGGGAGAUCUGCACUGUCAGUGUCAAGAUCAGUACAGCCAGUACAGCCAGUGCACUGUCAGUGUAUCGAUCAGUACAGCCAGUGGGAGAUCUGCACUGUCAGUGUCAAUGUAUCGAUCAGUACAGCCAGUGGGAGAUCUGCACUGUCAGUGUCAAUGUAUCGAUCAGUACAGCCAGUGGGAGAUCUGCACUGUCAGUGUCAAUGUAUCGAUCAGUACAGCCAGUGGGAGAUCUGCACUGUCAGUGUCAAUGUAUCGAUCAGUACAGCCAGUGGGAGAUCUGCACUGUCAGUGUCAAUGUAUCGAUCAGUACAGCAAGUGGGAGAUCUGCACUGUCAGUGUCAAUGUAUCGAUCAGUACAGACAGUGGGAGAUCUGCACUGUCAGUGUCAAGAUCAGUACAGCCAGUACAGCCAGUGCACUGUCAGUGUAUCGAUCAGUACAGCCAGUGGGAGAUCUGCACUGUCAGUGUCAAUGUAUCGAUCAGUACAGCCAGUGGGAGAUCUGCACUGUCAGUGUCAAUGUAUCGAUCAGUACAGCCAGUGGGAGAUCUGCACUGUCAGUGUCAAUGUAUCGAUCAGUACAGCCAGUGGGAGAUCUGCACUGUCAGUGUCAAUGUAUCGAUCAGUACAGACAGUGGGAGAUCUGCACUGUCAGUGUCAAUGUAUCGAUCAGUACAGCCAGUGGGAGAUCUGCACUGUCAGUGUCAAUGUAUCGAUCAGUACAGCCAGUGGGAGAUCUGCACUGUCAGUGUCAAUGUAUCGAUCAGUACAGCCAGUGGGAGAUUUGCACUGUCAGUGUCAAGAUCAGUACAGCCAGUGGGAGAUCUGCACUGUCAGUGUCAAUGUAUCGAUCAGUACAGCCAGUGGGAGAUCUGCACUGUCAGUGUCAAUGUAUCGUUCAGUACAGCCAGUGGGAGAUUUGCACUGUCAGUGUCAAUGUAUCGGUCAGUACAGCCAGUGGGAGAUCUGCACUGUCAGUGUCAAUGUAUCGAUCAGUACAGCCAGUGGGAGAUCUGCACUGUCAGUGUCAAUGUAUCGAUCAGUACAGCCAGUGGGAGAUCUGCACUGUCAGUGUCAAUGUAUCGAUCAGUACAGCCAGUGGGAGAUCUGCACUGUCAGUGUCAAUGUAUCGAUCAGUACAGACAGUGGGAGAUCUGCACUGUCAGUGUCAAGAUCAGUACAGCCAGUACAGCCAGUGCACUGUCAGUGUCAAUGUAUCGAUCAGUACAGCCAGUGGGAGAUCUGCACUGUCAGUGUCAAUAUAUCGACCAGUACAGCCAGUGGGAGAUCUGCACUGUCAGUGUCAAUGUAUCGAUCAGUACAGCCAGUGGGAGAUUUGCACUGUCAGUGUCAAGAUCAGUACAGCCAGUGGGAGAUCUGCACUGUCAGUGUCAAUGUAUCGAUCAGUACAGCCAGUGGGAGAUCUGCACUGUCAGUGUCAAUGUAUCGUUCAGUACAGCCAGUGGGAGAUUUGCACUGUCAGUGUCAAUGUAUCGGUCAGUACAGCCAGUGGGAGAUCUGCACUGUCAGUGUCAAUGUAUCAUUCAGUCAGUCAGUGGAAUUUGUCCACAGACACAACAUGCCCAAUCCUUCUGGCUUAUUAUUUGAGUGUUACUCGUUUGAGGUCUUGUCUGAGUUCACUGAUUGAUCUUGUCAUCAGUUCAAUGUUGUUGGAAUGGUCACCCACAUUCUCUUUCUGACGUUACAGUACAAAUGGAUCAGAUUUUUAUGAUUCAUCUUGUUUCUUUUUCUGUAGAUAUUUUUGUUGUAUUUAUUCCUGAAAGCUCAGGCCAUGUUCUAUUUCUGAGAGUAAAAAGAAGACAGGAAGCUGCACCAAACUGUGCUCUUAUGACCGUAACCAUGUGUUGCUUUUCUCCCUAUGUUUUUCUGUUUGCUGGACUAGGCUCCAUCAUGCGCUGUGCUCCACGUCAUGACUGCUGUGUGUAUGUAUAGCUCUGUCUGUCUGUCGUGCACUUUUAAUCAUGAUGAUGAUUUUAUAAAAGUCCUCUUCACGCCAGGUUCAACUGGGGGGUAACUUGGCGUGUGUUCUCUGCAGUUUAAAAAAAUAAUUUGACAGUACCCUUUGCGUAUUUUUUUUCUCAGUGUCUUUCAUUCUGUUUGGGUUUAGUGUAUUUACACAUGGCUGUGCAGUCUGACACAAUGGCCCAACUCCCGACUAAAAUGAAGUCAUUCUGUUGAUGAACCCAUAACGGAACAUUUCAGAGUAUGUUCUGGGUCUAGAACAGAGUGGCUUCUCGUUCUAGAACAGAGUGGCGUCUAGUUCUAGAACAGAGUAUGUUCUGGGUCUAGAACUCAGUGGCUUCUAGUUCUAGAACAGAGUAGAUUCUAGUUCUAGAACAGAGUAUGUCCUGGGUUUAGAACAGAGUAUGUCCUGGGUCUAGAAAAGGGUGGCUUCUAGUUCUAGAACAGUGGCGCCUAGUUCUAGAUCAGAGUGGCGCCUAGUUCUAGAUCAGAGUGGCGCCUAGUUCUAGAUCAGAGUGGCGCCUAGUUCUAGAACAGAGUGGCGCCUAGUUCUAGAACAGAGUGGCGCCUAGUUCUAGAACAGAGUGGCAUCUAGUUCUAGAACAGAGUGGCAUCUAGUUCUAGAACAGAGUGGUUUCUGGUUCUGGAACUCUUGGCUUAGACAUGCAGUAGCAUAUGACAUAAGCCAGAGCCACUUUUCUGCUCAAGUGGUUUUGGAAUAAAUGGCUCCUGCUCAAGUGGUUUUGGAAUAAAUGGCUCCUGCUCAAGUGGUUUUGGCCAUGUAUUCCAAAAUGAUUUUAUUGUAGUUCAUAAUUCCAUGUGUUCCAAUUCCCUGAUGUUUUAUUUUUUUAACCUUUAUUUAACCAGGCAAGUCAGUUAAGAACAAAUUCUUAUUUUCAAUGACGGCCUAGAAACAGUGGCUUAACUGCCUGUUCAGGGGCAGAACGACAGAUUUGUACCUUGUCAGCUCGGGGACUUGACUUGCAACCAUUCGGUUACUAGUCCAACGCUCGAACCACUAGGCUACCCUGCCGCCCCGUCAUAUCGUACACGUGCCUUUUGGAUUUUAAUUUGGCUUGCAGCUAUCCAAAUAUAUAAUGAUAAAAUAAGCAUUUCAAAAGAGGAUGUCUCUGGAAAGUCUUUUUUCAUGUACCAUGUGUUUCAACUGCUGUUCAAAUAACUGUAUGUGAGGGAAAUGUAUUGUUUGUUUUAUAAAUCAUACAGUUUUUUUUUAUUUUAAAUCAAAGAUCUUUGUAAAUGACCAUAACUUGGAAGGCUGUGCUUUGAAUACAACUAAUUAGAGAAAGUAGUAUUUUAUUGAACAGACCCAUUGAGUUUUUUGCUUUUGCAAAAAAAUGUAUUAAAGUAAUAUGAAAACUG